CUGGUUAAAACGUUGAGAUUUGAAUCAAACCUAAAAGUAAAAUAAAAGGUUUAUCUUCCGGGCUUUCCCUAUUCUAACUACCUGUACCCUUUCAUCAUUUUUAUCUUUACUUCCCAAAGAAACAAGAAAAGAUAUUUUCUCCAGAUUUUAUAUUUCAAAAGAAAUAUAGAAUAAAAGACGAAAAAUGAUAAGAUAUAAAAAAAUCAUAAUAAAAACUAAAAAUACAAUUGAUAUUCUCUAAAUUAACUAAUAUUUUCCGCAUAUGUCGACACGACUUCCACGACUCCCACGCGAACCCAAACCCUUUUUAUCCUUCGCCCACACGCAUACAUGCAUACACAUGUUAUUCUGUACCGGUACUAGAAUCGAAUCGAAUCGAAGAAGAAAGAUAGGACAAUUAAUAAUUUGUGUUUUGAUAUUCAAGAUUUUUGUAGCAUUGAACACGGAAGGAAGCAAGAUAAGAAAGGGGGAAAAGUGUUUUAAACGAACAGAGACGAAAAGAGUUUUAAACAAACAGAAGAGGAAAAGAAAAUCAGAAAAAGGAAAACUUUUUGGCGCCAAUUACAAGACGUGGAUAGAAAAAAAAUCUCCUGUAGAGGAGAACGGGGGGAGGGAGAAGAGAAAAGAAAGAAUCGAAAAAGAACGAAGUGGUGAUUCCAUUUGUGCUGAGAAAAAGAUAUCCUUGGUCCAAUCCAUGCGACGAGCAAAGGGUAAAGGGGAAAAAAAGAUAAGAGGUGACUAGUCGUACAAAGAAAUGUUUAGAGUAGAGAGAGUGAGUGUGUGUUUGUGUAUGAGAGGGACGGGGAGACGAAGGAAUGUGUAUAAAGUGUGUAUGAAAUGUGUAUGAUUGUGGGGGAUGGGCGGAGAGAUAAGAAAACUGCGCCGUGAUAACGGUACGGCCUUUUUAAGCGCAAAAUAUUUUGUGGCCAGAACAGAAGCUGCCGAAAAUGACCAUCUG